AUGAAGAACAUUCCAUAUGCUUCUGUUGUUGGAAGUCUUAUCUAUGCUCAAGUAUGCACAAGGCCCGACAUUGCAUUUGCUUUUGGAAUCUUAGGAAGAUAUCAGAGUAAUCCAGGUCUGGAUCACUGCAAAGCUGCAAAGAAGGUGUUGAGAUAUCUUAAAGGAAUAAAAGAUUACAUGCUAAUGUAUAGGCAGACGGACAAUCUUGAUGUGAUCGACUAUUCAUACUCCGACUUUGCUGGUUAUGUUGAUUCUCGCAAAUCAACAUCGGGAUAUAUUUUUAUGAUGGCUGAUGGAGCUAUUUCAUGGAGAAGUACUAAGUAA